GCGCAUGCGUGAGGGCGGCCAAAUUCAAAACUCAAGACGUUAGCAUCUAGCGUUGUCUAAUAGCUUCUUUUUCAUACUGUUUUCAGCCAAAACAGGAAUGAACGUCACAGAAACUCUACUUUUGACAAUAACGGGAUCAUAACAGUAGAUUUGUACACAGUUGGACGGAGUUACGCGCACCAGACAAAGAUGGACCCCUUUGAUCCAGUCAGGAAUGAGGAGAGCAAUGGCAAUUCCAAGCGGCGCACUUCGAUUCUAAAGAUGCCACGGAAAUCAAUCAUAGCCACACAAGUGGAGCAACAAGAAAGUGUGUUGGACUGUGCAAAGCCUUCAGAUAAGAGGAUUUCAAGAAGAGUCAGUUUUGCCCUGGCCAAUGAUGUGCUUUUAUUCUCCAAAGAUGCCAAAAACCCUUCACCUUUAAAAACUCCUCUGCAGGAGUUGUCUGCAGGCAGUGCCGCACAAAAUAGGGUCCAGAUGAAGGCCACUGAAGACCAACAGUUUACUGGAAUCGACAUUCUUUUAAAUGCGCCAAAACAGAUAUUACAACAAAAGGAUACGGACUGUGUCUAUGAUGGGAGAAACUAUGGGGAGAAAACCAUGAUCUUUCCCGCUGGCGACCUAGACAUGACCCAGUCUCACACUGUCAGAAUCACAAAUAAUGAAGACUUUCUGGGCACAUCCGAGGGCCUCCUGCACAACCACGGAGAUAAAACUGUGAUGUUUGAUCGAUCCAUGGACAUGACCCUGAGCCAAACUUUAAACAUGAUCUGUGACCAAGACCUGACAUUCUCCAGUAAACCAAGAACUCCAUGUGUGUUUCCUUUUACUAACCACAUGACCACUUAUGAUAACAUUGAUAAGGAAAAUCAUGUACCAAAGUUGAACAAGUCUGGAUUUAAAAAGAUGUCAGAGCCUAAUAUUAGUUCUAAAGAUGACAUUGACAUGCCUGAAUCAAACCCAUUCCAGUGUUUAUUCCCACAAGAAAUCUAUGCUGAACCUGAAAAACAGAUAACUUCAACCACCUCCACAGACAAGAAAUUCACCAGUGAAACUAUUGAAAAUGAUUCCAAGCGAAGAUUAUCUGUCAACUAUGGCUCAAAAGACGAUGGCAGGAGCGAGAAAACGAUUAUGUUCUCUGAUGGUGGAUUCAUGGACAUUACUCAGAAUUACACUAGUAACAUUAUAGUGGCACCGUCGGCCUCAUCUGCUCUGGAUAUGACUGGUUUAAAAGAAAGAAAAUCCAUCGCCUCUGGUCUCUCUGUUCGGCCUUCAGAAGGGCAAGACGAUCCUCUUCAGUGUCUGUUUCCUUUACAAGAGAGAGCUCUACAGAAGGACACUAAACUCCACAGGGACUCAAGCUAUCAAGGUCCGGAGACAACUCUGAAGACUAAUAUGCCAAGGCACCAGAUAAUGACUGGCUCAGAAGAAGAGAGCCAAGAGAAGACUGUGCGGUUCUCCACAGACCAGGCAUGUAUGGAUGUGACCAGGAGCCACACAGUAAGGAUCUCCUCUAACCUCCACCUGCAGGGGGAGCUGGAGAGUCUGCCUCUGAGCGGAGAGAAAACCGUACGAUUCACCACACACGACGCAGGGAUGGACAUGACUCAGUGUCUCACUGUUAAUAUUGCCAGAGAUCUGUUUCCCAAUUCAACAGCAGCGCCAAAACAACAAGAAGUCACAUCACUGCCUGACGAAAGUGUAGAUUUAGAAUUUGAAAAAUUUUUUGCAUCACUUUCUGGGCAAAAUCCAAAACAGAAGAUGCAGAACAUGUUAACAAUGAAUGACUCCAACAUAACUCGAGCACUAGUGGAAAGAGUUGAAACAAGUGCAGAUGACACUGUAAACAUGGACAUUACUGAAGCUCAUACAGGAUGCAUAUCUGGAGUUGAAAAGCUUUAUCACAAUGUGCAACAAACAGGAAAAACCCUUCAGCAGCAAAGGAGUAUACUUGGAACACUUCCCAUUAACGGAACUGAAAGUUCUCGGAAGUCCCAAAGGCAAAGGCUUCCGGCGGGUUUUGAUGUGGAAGAGCCCUGCAGAGAGAGAACAGUGCGCUUUGCAGCAGAUGAAGCUCUUAUGGAUGUGACCAACUGUCACACUGUUCACAUUUCUGCAGACCUAAAGCCUGAUCUGCCAUGUUCAGAGAAGACCAUUCGAUUUGAUGUGAAUGAUGCGGCCAUGGAUGUAACCCAGUGCCACACAGUCAACAUUGCAAGAGAUUUCCCAUCUCUGCAUUAUGAAGAUGUGGGUCUUUUACCUAGAUAUGGAGAGAAGACUGUUCGGUUCAACAUUGACGAUGCCACUAUGGACAUGACGAGGAGCCAGACAGUGAAUAUUGGUUUUGAGUCAAAUGAAAGUUUUCAUUGUUUACCUAAAUAUGGGGAGAAAACAGAGAGAAUUAACACUGCUAUGGACGAAACCCAGUGUCUCACAGUAAACAUUGCCACAGAAAUGAGACCAAAACCGUGUUUGAGUCUGACACAGAUGCGUGGGCCUGACCCUGAGCCCCAGGUGGAUCAGAACAUUUACCCCACAUCAGGAGAAAAGACUCUGCGAUUCAGUGUUGACGCAGACAUGGAUGUGACUAAAUCCCUCACCAUGGUGACGAAUGUGGCACCACAGCCGAUCCAGGACUGGGACACACUGCCCCGGAGUGAGGAGAAGACUGUGAUGUUCAGUUCAAAUGAGGGGGGAGUAGAGGUCACACAAUGCCUUACUUCAAAUAUUGGAGUUGAAACAGAGGUAUCUCACUUAGAUCUCAGCCCUGUACCCAACAGCAUCACCAUGGACGGUCCUCCUGCUCUGAAGAAAAGGGAACCCAGUAUUUAUAGUAAUCGUAGAUGCAAGUCUUUGGGCAGACACGGUUUGAAUGCAGCCCUCAAUGCAAGGAGAAGUGUCCCUUGGAGCAAUCCUCUUACUCAAGUAACUCCAACCCCUGGAACUGAUGACAAGGACUUUGUUAAAUCCACAAAAACUGAUGUUAAGAAUGAAAACAUACACAUUCUGUCAGUGAUUCAGGAGAAGUCUAUAGCUGAAGUUUCACUAAAGGAAAAACAUGUAGAUGACAAUAUGGAUGAGAACAUGACAGAAGCGCUGCCAGUUCAAAUACAGAGAGAGAGUAUUGUAGACCCACCUCUCAAAGAUCUGACCCUUAGUGCAGAAGACCAGGUCAUUGAAGAUCCUAUUGCAAAGUGUGAAAUGGAGAUAAAAAUGCACAUGGAGUCCCCUCAAAGAAAUACAAAGAACGAUUAUGAGCCAGAAUUUGUAGCUAAACCAGAGUGCCCCCCUAUUACAGAAAAAGAUAGCGAAGCAGUCAAUUCACACAAAAGUCGUCGAAAGAGUUUAGCCGAUAUACAAUCCAAAAUAAGACGUUUCAGCCAGAAGUUGAGCGCACCUUCUGACGAUGUAGUAGACGUCAACAUUCCUGUGCCAUGCCUAGAUCCAGAGCCCAAAUUGGAAGUGGAUAAAAACAAAUUACUUCAAGUUGAGCCAGAUGUUGAUUUGGAGAAGAGUGAAAUGAAGUCAGAGGCCCUGGAUGAACCAUUUUGUGCGCCAACCACUCCAUUCAAGCUGGAGACUAAACAGCUCAUGUCCAGGUUGUCCGUGGUAGGCUUCAAACCAAAACUCACCAAGAGAGGCAAAAGUGAGGAGAUUAAAGCACUAGAUGGCAGUGUUCAGGCUGCAAGCGAACCUACUAAAACUCAAACAAUUCAAGUGCAAAACCAAGCAGACAACUUUGAUCUUAAUGUUAGCGAUAUUAAUGAUGAAGAGCUUGGGAGUUAUGAAGAUGUGUCGGAAAUGCUGGACGCAAAAAGUCUGGACGAUGGGUCGAAAAUGAGUUUGUUUCAUGAGUUUGAUCUGGACCAGAAACUGCAAGACGAUGUGUUUGAAGAGGAGUUUGCUCCAGUCAAUGAAAAGAAACGUCCAUUACCUGAUGAAGCAUAUAUCGCAGAGGAUGAGAAGAGAAUGAAGAGAUCCAAUGACACGAUAAUAUUGGAUUCCCAGACUUGUACUUUGGAGUGUGACGAUAACAUUACCACCGCAGCAAACACACAAACUACGAAUUCUUCUAAUUGCAGUCACACAGGCAACUUUAGAAGUGAUUCCACUUUCGAGUCAACUUCCAAAGAAAGCCAUUAUGAAUCUCAACUUGAAGACUAUGCCAGUGGCAUUCAGAGGAAAUACAACGAAGGCACUCUUACCAUGACAGAAUUCUUUAAACUUUUUUACAUAGACUUUGUCAUUCAUAAUUCUCGGCAGAGUGUGGCUCCUGGGAGUGCUUCAUCAGACACAGAGAGCACCCUGAUGGAUUUGUCCCGUGACAGACAUAUUAGCUUACCUGAACAGGUGGUCUAUGAGGCUGACGUGCACAACUUGACAGAGCAGAUUGAAGGGCUCCAAUUUCGAAAGCGUGACUUGGAAAAAACUUUGACACAGGUUAAUAGGACUCUAUGGGAAGAGAUGCAAGACUUUUCAGAGGCAGAGUUCAAAUCCUUUGGCGCCAAACUCAAAGAAAGACACAACUUCUACAGAAAGAUGAGUAAGGCCAAGUCACAUGAAAUGAAGGAGGUUCUAUAUGCAGAUUUAAUGCAGGCCAAUGUGGAGGAGCAAAAAAAGUUGAGUGGAUCAAUUCAGGAAGCAGAUGCUAUGCUUAAAAGCCUUGAUGACUGUAUUGCAAAUCUAGAAGCAGAUCUGGCUGCCAUCGAAAGUGAUAUCAAAUCUCAACAGCAAGAACUGAAUAAAGUCAAAGAGACCACGAGUAACAAUGAAAGAUCCUCAUUGGAAUUGGAAAUCCAGAAAAAACAGAGCCUAAACAAAUUGAGAAGAGUGAAAGAUGAGACCAAGGACCUGGAUAGGCACCUUACCAUGUUGCACACCAUAAAUGAAUGGAAGCUGGUAGAGAUUACAACCAACAGGGCUAUCUACACUUUUCUCUAUGAAACACUGCACUUGGAGUUGACCUACGAAGAGUCAGAAGGAAAUGAUGAAGAGAAGAAAAUAGCUGACAUCUCAUUUAAACAUUUGCUUGAUGAGAACUCAGAAUGCCACGCCCGACUUGUUCACACUAUGGUCUCUCAGUUCACACAAGAUAAGAAUUUGACAGAGAAAUACUCCACCAACAAACAUGUCCCUGAGGCAAGUAUACUGUGA